CCCCGUGACUCGCCCUUUUCCAGUCAAGGCCUGGGCGAAACUUCUGGCCACAGCGCCCGAUGUCUUUCAACCUCUUUUCUGAACAACGGCCUUUCUGCUGCUCAUCCCACAACAACUCCGUCGACCUAACCCCCAUUUUCCCUCUGGCGUACACAUCGCUGUAGUGGCGCCCGUUGUCCUUGCAGGCGACCGGCCCCGGCUGGACUUAGCUUGACCAUGGCCCAAAACAGUUCAGGAGACAGCAAUCAGAAAACUCGCUCCUAUGGCUGCCACUAUUGUCCCAAGAGCUUUGUUCGAGGGGAACACCUCAGACGUCAUCUCACCUCGCAUGAGAAUCGAAAACCACAUGGCUGUGUGGCCUGUGGCUCUAGUUUUGGCCGCGCCGAUGUCUUGCAACGGCACAAGAAGAAAUGCUCUGCCUACCAGCGUAUCAUGGCUGGGACUCAGGAUGUAGUCAAUGCACGCGAGGUGCAUUCACCACGCGACAACGAGCAAUAUUCGGCGCUGACGGGAGACACAUCCCAGCCCAGACAUGCCUCGUCCCUCGACGAUGCCAGCUCGACUCUGGACAGUACGCUUCAGAUCAUGGGAGUUGAGAACUCGUUGGUAUAUCAACCGCAAGCCUCGAUCCCCGAGUCAUCAACCUCGUCAAGCGUGCGUCCAACAGUCUUCGCAUCAGACUCGAUCUUGGCUGAUGAUACUUCUUGGAGAUCAAGUAUGAUGUUCGAUACAGUCGUGAUGCCUUCGACGCACCCAUGCGUGGACGGGCAUAUUCCCUUGAACUCGAUGGCACCACCGGGUCAGCUUCCCACCACAACACUGCCGAUAACUCAAAUGCCCAAUCAGUCAUUCUCCAACACCCGUCACGAGCUUGUCCCCAAUUCCCCUUCAUCACAACGUGUGCAUCAUGCCCAGGGACAACCGGGCGAAGCAGGAUCGAAUGACCAAACGCAGACCCAGUCCUGGGAGAUGUCGAAUGACAAGUAUAACGUAGAUUUCACCGAUCUGAGCAUAAACGAUCUCAUUUUCCUGGAGGACUCCCUCCUCCCUGACUUUGCUUGCGAAUCAGUCGAGCUGAUCCCGCCAUUCUUUCCGACGCCCGGCGUCAUGGCCAAUGCAGAGCGCUCAAGCCCUGGCCCCGCUCGGCUGCUCCUGAGCUGCACGCGACAGGUAACCCCUUCUCCAGAAAAGGCGAGCACCCCGGGCGACCUCCAACGAGAAAAAGUGGCGACCAGAGUAUUGCAAUUCUCUCAAGAAGAUAUCAACAUCUUCAGAAGCCGUACGUUGGCUCUCGAUCGACAACAGCUCUCGUCCGACUUCAAAUUCCCGACUCGUGUACGGACGAUCCGGACGAUCAGCGCGUACUUUGAAUAUUUUGACCCGCACACGCCCAUUGUGCACCGAGCCACCUUUGAUAUCCGAGGCAGUCAUCCCGCGUUGUGCCUUGCCAUGCUGGCCGUCGGCGGCCUGCAUGUCUCAGAGCACGAUUUUGCCAACAUGGCGUAUAAUGCCUGCUGCGAUAUCCUCCACAGUAUCGAAAGACAGGAAGAAGAAGGGGUCCAAAGAACGCCAGACAUUGGAGUCAUACAAGCUUUACUGCUGUGUGCACACUUUGGCGUCUAUAGCGACAACCCGGCAUAUUUUCGACGUGCUGAAAAGCAAAUACCCACAGCCAACUCGCUACUUCGAGAAUACCUGGAUCGAUUAGGUUCACGAGACAAUCAGCCGGCGUCAGAGUGGGAAUCUUGGAUUGCUUCAGAGACCUGCAGUCGACUGGCUGGAUGGCUUCCCAUCCUGAGCGGCGUGGUCCUCUCAUAUCAACCGGCGGCCGCCCUCCUGGUAUACCUCGACUCAGAUAUCCCACUGCCACGCUCCGAGGAAUUGUGGAAAACACGGUCAAGCGCCGAAUGGAUGACUUUGACGGCAAUGACACCGGAGAAGGAGGUUCUCACCAUACUAGAAAUGACCAAAAUCAUCUCGGCAGGCGGAUCGUUUCAGAAAAAGCUCAGCACCUUUGGCUUGCUGGUCGUGAUCGGAUCCAUCCUGAAUCAUAUCUGCCUUCGUGAACGACUGUUGGCUGGACAUCAAGCGGAACCUGACCCAUCAUUCAUCGUGAAGAUGGAAGAAACUCUGGCGUCCUGGGAGCUGCUCUGGCGACAGCAUCCCCAAGCUUUAAGAGUCCCCAGUAAGAAUGGAAGUGUUCUUCUGCUCGAUUGCCUCUCGCCACUUGGUUCCGCUUACUAUCACCUCUACAUGCCGAUCGAAUUGCGGGCUCUAAAAACGUUUGCUCGGAGUCGUGGUCGGCUGGCGCCAUUGCCGCACCCGCAGUCGCACAAAUUGACCCUGAAGGCUGUACUAUACGCCGCUCACUCGUGGUUUGUACGCGCCAAGCUGGGCAUCGCCCAUCUCCAGAAGACGGCUGCUUUGGAGUUUGGUGCUCAUACAUUGGUGGCUGCGUAUGAAGGUGCAUUGAUCCUUUCUUGGUGGCUCCGAAAUCAUAAGCAGAUCGACUCGGCCACCUUAUCGUCUAUGCCGGCAGGACACGGUGAAGCCAGGCUUCAACAUCUGGUCAAUGAGGUCACCGAAGAGCUUCAGGAUCAAAAUAUCGGCUGCGGCCCGGAAACUGAUCCAUGCCUGGUACCUCUCGUGUGCUAUCGGACCCUGAUACUACCGUGGGUGUGGAACUAUGCUACUAUCAUGCGAUCCCAUCUCGAUAACGUCCACGAGCAAUUCAGUGAACCACUCGUGUCAUGAGUCUUGCAUCGAAUUCGACUUCCUGGCAUCCUGCCCUGACCCGGUCGUGUCCGUUGGUUGGGAGCCACAAUGAAAAUCAACCAUUGAUCUCCUCGUCGUCUCAUGAUUACAUAAAUGGGCCGCACAUAACAGUCUGUCCGCAAAUUGAAACGCUCAGAAUUCUUGGUGUCUCCGACGGAAUAAGUCUGUGAGCACCGCUCUCGGUGCAGCAGAAAGUAACUGGCGCGCUUCAUCGUUCCACCACGAGACUAUGUCAGAUGGUAACAUCAGAUGAUGAUCCCUGAGAGCCAUUUGCCUUUUAGUAGAGUCUGAUAUGAAGACCUACUGCUGCCGAUUCAUGUUCGAGUAGCAAAAGUUAACCUGCCAAUUUGCAGAGAGGAUAAAUUGGUAUUAGUUCAAGAGGAUGACUCCUCUCGAGCCUCAUUGAGCUGUAUUUAGCCCAAGAUGGGCGCAAUUAUGAGAUAUCAAACCGAUCUGAGCGGACGCCGACGUCUAGAACAUAUCUUCUUUUGCGCAGGCCAGGACACAUAUUAUACAAGCUGAAGCAGUCCAUUUCUCAGACCGGUACCAAGCACACUAUGCCUACGCUCCCAUGUACGUGCUCGCCAAAAUAGCCAGAAGUUGAAUGCAACUGGAAAGAGCUCUAAAGCUUGCUUCUCAAGAACUCGCCAUUCUUUGGCGCCGUGCCCAGCUCCUGCUGGACUGCCACCGCC